AUGGCCGAGCAUUCCAUUGAAAUAUUUGAGGAGGCUGUGGCCCUUAGUGAAGAAUUGCAUAAAGAAUUUAAAGUAACUCAUGAUGACAUAGAGGUUAGGGAGCAAAGAAAUGAUUUUGCAAAACCCAAUGGUAAUGUAAAUGGUAUUGAUUCUACGCUUGAUGAACUUAAUAAUGAAUUGGCUUUGUUUCAUAGAAUACAAGAUGCUAUGGCCAAGAAUUUUCAUGAACUUAGAGAAUUUAUCACUGUAAUAGAAGAGACCUUGGCUAAUAAUGAAGAAGACGAACAACAUGAAGUUAUGAAAGAUUCUAGACUCUACAUCUUGGAGUUAUUACUAAUUGAUUCUGAGCUUCCACCCAAGAUAAUACAUCAUACAAGGCCAACAUUUUUGGCCUUAAGGGAUAACGUGGCAAAACAUGGGAUCUUAGACAGCUUGAAUGGUCUUGCACAGAAAGAUAGCUUGAAUUGUCGGAUCAGAGAGCCGACGAGAGACGCUGAGGGGCAAGCUUUUGAGAGGAUCCGGCUUCGCGGAACAGAAGCACAUUCGAGACUUUUUGCGUUGAGUUUAAGUACAGAUGUCCUCAUCAAAAUUCGGGUCUUCUCCAUAAAGCUUUCAUUUCAACGAGGUGUAACAGUGGAGGGGAGGUUUUUGAAGAGAUCGAACCGCUUACCUAAAUCGAAUCGGCUCCAGCACAUCUUCCGAUCUUCGCUUGUCCAACGAGGCUCAACUUUGUUCUUGAACAAGCUUGCCAAAACUCUUCAGUAUUCCUCAGAUCCGCAGCUAGAUCUUGUUAUUUUCAUGGUAUAUGAGAUAGAUCGAUCAGAUGUAUGGAAGCAGAUGGGCCGUUGUGUGGUGGAAUUCGCAAAACAGAGAAAAAGUAAUCACAACAGAGAUGAAAUUGUGCAUCUUGGAGAAACUGCCCGAUCUGGGUUGAUGAAGUUGGAUGCUAUGCAUCUUGACAAACAAAAUGCACAUGGAACAUCAUUAUUAAGUGAUGAGUCAUUUGCAGUUUAAGAAUGGGUGGAAUCGAGAAAUGAAAUUUUAUAGUUAUCCUAAUGGAUAACUGUAAAAUAAAGUUAGGAAGAUAUGCUAAUGGCCUUCCAUUAGCAUUAGAAGUUUGGCUUUUCUUUUUUUAAUGAAAGUAAAAAUAAAUGGAAAAGCCAAUUGGAAAAGCUUAAAAAAUUUCUUGUAUAGAAAGUCAAUAUGCAUUAAAAGUGAGUUUUGAUGGAUUAAAUUAUGUUGAGAUAUCUAAAUGCAUGACUUGAUACAAGAAAUAAUUUAAGUAAAAUGAUUAGAUUAAAGCUUUUCCAAUUAACUAUUUGAAAUGAAUUGCAUUGAUGCAUGAUUUGAUACAAGAUAAUGACUUGAAGUAGUUAAAAAGGUUUUUGUUUAGCUAAAACAAAGCCUUCUUAACUUUUUUAUUUUUAAAAAUUAAUUGUAUCAAUGCAUGACUUGAUAGAAGAGAUGGGUUGGAUGAGGUAAAAAUCUUUAAAAAAGAGUAGUUUUAUCUAUUUUUAAAGAAUGAACUAUAGAAAUGCAUGAUUUGAUACGAGAAAUGAGUUGAGUGAGCUGAAGUGUCAUAUUUUUAAGAAUCAAUUAUAUCAAUGCAUGAUUUGAUACAAGAAAUUGAUCAAGACAUUCUUAAGAAAUCUAUGGAAGAUCUUGGAGAACAGUUGAUUAUGAAGUCUUAAGGAUAUUUUUGUCAAGUACAUGGAUGCACAAGCCAAUAGCUCUAACCAUGAAGAGAAUGACUAUCAUCCUUUUAGGGCCUUGUAUCAUCUUGAAAGAAAUAAGAUAUCUUCAUUGGGAAAUUUACCCUUUCAUGUUAUUGCUGUGCAUAUUUUUGGCUGAAAUCUUCUUUAUGCUUGAGUUCCAGCUGUGUCAGAAAACAUUGGCAUGUGGUCCAAGUAAGUAUGAACUUGAGCUUGGGAAAUUCGAACACUUGAAAGAGCUACCUAUGUUUCCAUGGCCAUUUGUUACUACAUCUCAGUCUCUCUGAAUGUUCAAGACUUGGAAUUUUCUCUGAAGAAAAUAUGAUAUGGUCCAAGUAAAUAUGAACUUGAGCUUGGGAAUUUCAAACACCUGAAAGAGCUCCCCAUGUUUCCAUGGCCAUUUAUCAUUAUAUCUCAACCUCUGAAUGCUCAAGGCUUGGAAUUUUCACUGACGUAAGAGUAUGCGAUACAGUUGAACUGAAUUAGGACAGCUAUCGAUGAAUUUCCCUUGGUCAUUGGGCAUUUGAACAAGAUUAACCAUUCUAUCUAGAUUGCUGCAAAACUUUGUUGAAACUUCUGAACAUAUUGGAUGACUUGAGAUCUACUGGAAGAUGUAAUGCUUGAGGUUGCAGGCCUCUUGGUUCAUCCAUUUGUGAUAGUCUGUGAUCUCCAGAAUAACCAGGGCUGAGUAAUAGUUGCCAGUAGUUACUACUUUUGGCCUUCUGGGCAUGGGCUUGGUGGAACUGCUAUGGAGGGAUUGCUUGCAAGCAUUGAGCGUCUUUUGAAGCUGAAGUAUCUUCCAAUUACAUCAGACUACAGAAUGCCAAUUACUGUAAAUCCUUAGAGACACUACAGUUCGCUUCGACUCAGUGCUGUUCUUGAAUGGACAAUGGAAAUGGGAUGUGUAAGAUUAACCCAAUUUGUGUGCAAGUGCAUGAAACGGGCUUCCAUUCUAUUGAUAUGUCAUCCGCUCCACAUUUGGAGUUUUAUUUUCUGUCGUUUCCAUCAAAUUUGUUGGGUGGCAUCAAUUUUGCACGCUUGGAGCUUGGAAGCUAAGUCUGUAAUGUUCAAAUGUAGAAUUGUGUGUACUGUGUCAAUGACAGUGAUGAGGAUGAAGUUCCAGUACUUUAUUAGAACUGGGAAUACGAAUCAUGCUUUUCUAAAGUAUUGUGGAACUUUCUUGUUUUGAAUAAAUGGAAAAAUAUUGAAGGGUGCA